CUAGCGGGAGGGGCUGUUAGCGGGAGGAGGCGACAUCGCCCGCAGAAGCGGCAGCAACAGCAGCAGCAGCAGCGGCGGCGACGGCAAUAGCGGGCGCUAGGUGAGGAGCGCAGGCUCGAAUGGAGUGAGGUUCGUCUCCCAGCACCAUGUCCCUGCUGUACACAAGACUGAAGUGAGGGGCCCGGGGUUGGCCCUGCCCAGGGCAGCAUGACCAAACCUCGGCUCUUCCGCCUGUGGCUGGUACUGGGGUCGGCGCUCAUGAUUCUUUUGAUCAUCGUAUAUUGGGACAACGUGGGCACCGCUCACUUUUAUCUGCACACAUCCCUAUCCAGGCCACACAUCCUGGAGCCACUUCCCACCCCGGGCCUGGGCAGUGAGAAUGUGUUCACUUCUGAUGUGGAUGAGUUUUUGGACACACUACUUAGUUCCAGUGCGAAGCAGAAUGACCUUUCCAGAAGAAAAACUGAGCAGCCCCCAGUGCUCGCUCCCAGCAAGCCGGUCCUGAGCCACAUGGAGGAGAACGUGAGAGGCUACGACUGGUCCACCCAUGAUGCCCAGCAGAAUCCAGACCGGGAUCGGCAGCAGGCGGAGAGGAGGAGCCUGCUGAGAGACUUCUGUGCCAACGCCAGCCUGGCAUUCCCCACAAAGGACCGCACUUUUGAUGACAUCCCCAACUACGAACUCAACCACCUGAUCGUGGACGAUCGCCACGGGGUCAUCUACUGCUAUGUGCCCAAGGUGGCCUGUACCAACUGGAAACGAGUGAUGAUUGUGUUGAGCGAGAGCCUGCUGGACCGGGGCAGCCCCUACCGAGACCCCCUGGACAUCCCCCGGGAGCACGUGCACAACUCCAGCACGCACCUGACUUUCAACAAGUUCUGGCGCCGCUACGGGAAGUUCUCGCGCCACCUCAUGAAGGUCAAGCUAAAGAAGUAUACCAAGUUCCUGUUCGUGAGAGACCCCUUCGUGCGCCUCAUAUCAGCCUUCCGCAGCAAGUUCGAACUGGAGAACGAGGAGUUCUACCGCAAGUUCGCGGUGCCCAUGCUCCGGCUGUAUGCCAACCACACCAGCCUGCCCGCCUCGGUGAGCGAGGCCUUCAGCGCUGGUCUCAAGGUCUCCUUCGCCAACUUCAUCCAGUACCUGCUGGACCCACACACCGAGAAGCUGGCGCCCUUCAACGAGCACUGGCGACAGGUGUACCGCCUCUGCCACCCGUGCCAGAUAGACUAUGACUUCGUGGGGAAGCUGGAGACCCUGGAUGAGGAUGCCGCCCAGCUCCUGAGGUCCCUCAAAGUGGACUCCCAGCUCCACUUCCCCCCCAGUUACCGGAACAGGACGGCCAGCAGCUGGGAGGAGGACUGGUUUGCCAACAUCCCCCUGGCCUGGAGGCAACAGCUCUAUAAACUCUACGAAGCCGACUUUGUUCUCUUUGGCUACCCCAAGCCGGAAAACCUGCUUAGAGACUGAGCUCCCAGCACCAAAUAAGCACCCACGCUGUCCCAUUAAACCCAGCGACUUUCCCGGUGAGGUGGUCCUUUGAGGAUGGAGCCCUGUGCCACCCGGCUUCCAUCAGGCGGAGGAUGCUACACCUUUCCCGACGGGAGACCACAGAACUUCCAAGACGCUGGCACCUCACACUCCAGGGUUUUGCACACCCCGCCCUUUUGCAAUCUGGAUUUGUUUACUCCACAGCCUGUAUUCAUGGAACACUGUUAAUACUGUUUUCUAAGAUUAAUAUAUUUCAGAUAUAUUUAAUACGAAAGUGGGAGAGAGUUGGAGUAAAGCGUGGCGCCCGCA